AUGGGGCCGAGCCGCGUGCGAGCCGUGUUCCUUGACCUGGACAACACGCUCAUCCGACACGGCCGCGGCGGGCAGGACGGGAAUGCGGCGCUCGGCCUCCCAGAGGCCCCGGGCGUUGAGAACCCCUCGCCGGAGGCGGCGGGAAAGGACAGCAGCUGCCCGCCCUCCAGCCCCGGGGCCCGCCUUGCUCCGCCCGGGUUCGGGGAGGCUGGGUCGCCGAAGCGGGCUCGGAGCCUUGGGCCGGGAGGACGCCGCUGGAGCCGCCCCGGUGGCAGGGCCGCACCGCGAGACAGCCUGCUGCUGCCGGGGCAGGCGCGGCGCCGCCUUGACUGGCGCGCCCGGUGCUCCCGGCUCUCCUCGAGGGAGGCUCGGCCCUCGGUGCGCGGCCUGCGGCGGGUCUUGGCGCAGUCCCCGACGUUAGGUUUCAGCGGCCAGCCGGACUCGCUGAGAGCAACCCCGGCGCGGGCGCUCCGCCCGGGCCCUGCCGAGCGAGUGACGAAGCCCGGGCCGCGGUCCUCCGUGCUUGCUUUCCUCUGCCGCGCCCAGUAGAGAACCAAGAUCGCCGGUGUGGGAAAGCCCGCGCUGGAAAGCGAAUCCUCCCAGCCCGGAGGCUCCCAUACUCUUCGUGCUAAGAGUUCGGUUUUGGUCCCCGGACCUUCCUCCCCUUUUUGGUGCCUUCCGCUCCUGCAUGGUCAGGUCGCUCCCAUACUAAAAAGCUUUAGGAAAGAACGCCUCCCUUGAGCCCUCCUUCCUCCCCUCGAUGUUACCUGUCUGUCUUACCCAUGUUUUCCCAGGGAAAUCUGUACCCGUUAUCGGCAUGUCCCUACGUCGUGUUUUCCCCUAAAUCCAUUGCAUGGUAGCCUCUGUCUUUGCCACUAGGAUGAAGUAAGACUUGCCGGGCCGGGAGGCACCUCCCAAAUUGCCAGGAUCAGUGGACAUUUCAAGUCUGUGUUAAUGACUUUACUGAGGAAUUACACGAAACUAAUUGUCCCUUCUAUCCUCAGUACCCUUGACCUCACCGGCACCCCCGGGCUAUGUUGCCCCAGUAUCUCUAGCUGCCAACGGUACACAGUACCUGUGCGUGCUUGGUGCCUGAGCCCUGCAUGAUGCCAUUUAAGUCUUGUAGGUCAAAUUGUGCUGGAGGCCAAGAGUUCCAGCUUUAAAAGCAGACACCUGAGUCUGAAUCACAGCUCUUCCGGUAAGUUGCUGAAAGUGCCUGAACAAGUUGCUUACCCACUCUGAGCCUCAAAUCCCCAUUAUGAAAUCUGAAUAAUGAUAGUAGUGCUCGCUAUCCCUGUCAGGUGGGUUUAACGUGUUGCAUGGUAAGUACCUAGCAUCCGGUGUUCACCUGAUGAAUUGUACUACCACCCACCCUGUCACCCAGCGUGUCCCCUCCGCAGGUACCCCUGCCUUUGUCUUCACGAAAGCUGAGCGCAGCUCGUGUCUAGGCUGUUGCUGUGGUCCGGUCUCCAAGCUCACCACGUCCAGUUCACCCUCCAUAUUCUCACCACGGGAAUUUCUGGCACAGUCAGAUUGUAUUUCACUGUGGUGUUUAUACCGUCACUGUGGUUUGUUCAGAUAACUGUUGUACACUUGUCGAAGGAUAUUAUAAGUAAUUUCUGCAACUCAGAUGCCUAUAAGUAAACAGUGAGCUUCUAACAGGGAACAAAUGGUCUUUGA